AUGUCCGGCACUUCGGAGUCUCUUGUGCCGAACAUGUUGGCGGGGACUUCUUUUUCCGACGGGGAGGCCCGCUUGCAAAUUGACUCUCCUGACGAGCUCCAGAACAACAUCGUCGUGCUUGUCACAGGGGCCAAUACCGGUCUCGGUUACUCGACAUGCCAACGUCUUAUAGAUGAAUUUGAAAAGAACUUCCCAAACACCCACAAACUUACUCUCCUAAUUACCACUCGCCGCCCUCCAGCGCAAGUGCGCGAUCUUAAAAAUGACCUCCGCAAAUAUGCCCUUCGUCUCGGCUCGCAGGUCGCAGAGCGCAUCCGCAUUCUCGCAGAAACCUUAGACCUGCUCAAUCUUUCCUCUGUCCGAGCCUUGUCCCGACGCCUCAAUCGAAAUUUCCCAAAGCUGGAUGCUAUAAUACUGAAUGCCGGAAUUGGUGGAUGGUCCGGACUUGAUUGGCCCAAGGCCAUCUACAAUGUCCUGACAGAUAUGGUUCAUGCGACAACGUGGCCAUCCUACAAAAUCGGUUAUGUUGGCAUGGUAGUCCCCAAGCAGACACAACAACCAGAAGAAAAACCAUUAGGCUCCGUAUUCUGUUCCAAUGUCUUUGGUCAUUAUAUGCUCGCUCAUAAUGUCAUGCCAUUGCUCAGACGGUCAGGACAGCCCAAUGGCCCGGGACGAGUUAUCUGGCUUAGCAGUAUCGAGGCGACAACCAAUUUCUUUAACGUGGACGAUAUCCAAGCACUAAAGUCUGGCACUGCAUAUGAAAGCUCCAAGGCAUUAACCGACUUACUAGCCUUGACAUCGGAUCUACCCAGCACCGCACCGUGGGUGAAGAGCUUCCUUUCCACUUCCGAGUCCGACGACGACGACGAUAGUAGUAAACCUACUCCCACCAACUAUGUGGGCCAUCCCGGAGUUUGUGGUACAUCCAUCGUUCCCCUUCUGCUACCGCUAGUCUACUGCAUGAUCGCUGCAUUUUAUCUCGCUCGCUGGUUGGGUUCUCCAUGGCACCCAAACACACCUUACCUCGGUGCGAACGCACCCGUCUGGCUCGCUCUCAGUCCACAAUCGACUCUAGACGCGGCAGAAAAACCGUACCGUGAAAAGGGUGGUGGUCGUGUGAAAUGGGGAUCUUCAACAGACAUAUUCGGCAACGCAGCUGUGGUCAGCACUGAGACAGACGGUUGGGGGUUUGGCGGCGUGGUUGGAGGCCCUAUUUUGGCAGCAGACAAAGCUCGUCGCCGUAAACGGGGGAUGAAAGUUGCUACCGUUGAGGACAGGGUCCGGUUUGAGGAGCUUGGUCGCCGCUGCUGGCAGUACUUGGAGGAGUUAAGAGUUGAGUGGGACAAACUGCUGGAUACUCUUGAGCAAGAAGACGGCGGUGAUUCAUGA